AUGCACUUCAAAGACUACUUCAAUCAGCCCUCUCGGGCUACCAUUGGCACUGUUGUUGCAAUCCUUGAAGUCGGGGCCUUUAUAUCAUCUCUGCUCGUGGGACGAGUCGGUGAUAUGAUCGGACGCCGAAGGACGAUUCUCUAUGGUUCCAUUGUGUUUUUUGUUGGUGGUGCUUUCCAGACAUUUGCAACAGGCAUUCCUAUGAUGAUGGUUGGUCGGGUUAUUGCUGGACUCGGCGUCGGUGCCCUUUCUACCAUUGUGCCGGUCUAUCAGUCAGAAAUUUCGCCUCCUCACAACCGCGGCAAACUUGCUUGCAUUGAAUUCACUGGAAAUAUAGCUGGAUAUGCAACCAGUGUAUGGGUAGAUUACUUUUGUAGCUUCAUUGACAACGACUACUCCUGGCGCCUCCCGCUGCUUUUCCAGUGCAUCAUGGGUGCUUUACUUGGAUUUGGUAGCUUGAUCAUCUGUGAAUCACCCAGGUGGCUUCUUGACAACGACCAUGACGAAGAGGGCAUGGUGGUGAUUGCCAAUCUCUAUGGCGAAGGCGAUCUACUCAAUGACAAGGCCCGCCAAGAGUAUCGUGAGAUCAAAAUGAAUGUCCUUGUCCAGCGACAGGAAGGCGAGCGAUCCUAUUCUGAUAUGUUCCAUCGGUAUCGCAAGCGUGUUUUGAUUGCAAUGUCGGCUCAAGCGCUUGCCCAACUAAAUGGAAUCAACGUCAUCUCAUACUAUGCACCUCUCGUGUUUGAAUCGGCUGGCUGGUCCGGACGAUCUGCGAUCCUUAUGACUGGAAUCAAUGGAAUUUCAUAUCUGUUGUCUACUGUACCGCCAUGGUAUCUUGUGGAUGGCUGGGGUCGGCGACCUAUUCUUCUUUCGGGUGCCGUGGCCAUGAUCAUUUCGCUAUCUCUGAUCUCAUAUUUCAUUUAUAUCGAUAUCACUGCAACUCCAACCCUUACGGUCAUAUUUGUCAUGAUCUACAAUGCAGCUUUUGGUGCAUCGUGGGGCCCAAUUCCAUGGCUAUACCCGCCCGAGAUUCUGCCCUUGAGCAUCCGUGCCAAGGGUGCAAGCUUGAGUACUGCUUCAAAUUGGGCGUUCAAUUGGCUUGUGGGUGAGGUUACCCCAGUCCUUCAGGCUGCCAUAAAGUGGCGGCUCUAUUUGGUCCACGCAUUCUUCUGUGCAUGCAGUUUUGUGCUAGUCUACUUCCUGUAUCCUGAGACGAGCGGAGUUCGUUUGGAAGAUAUGAACAUUCUAUUUGGUGACGCUUCCACCGCCAUGCCUACACCCGCUACCCAAGGCGAACGAGGAUCACUGAUGGGUGCUGGUUCACCCGUUCCCUCACUUGACCUGCGUCGACAGUACGGUCAGGUUAGCACAGAAAAUGCCAUUCCUGGUCUAGAUAUUGACCCGCCAACACCGAGCCAAGACGGCCCCAGCAAGCGUGGGCGCUCAAACUCGCGGCAGGGUAAUGCUCGAGAUGAAGGCAUUGGUGGCUGGAUCUCGAGCAUGGUCAACCGAAACCGUGGAUCGGGCACUGGGGCUAGCAGCAGUCAGUAUCGGCGCCUAGAGCAAGGAGAGGGAGAUGAGCAAUGA